UAGUUACAGGCAAGAGACGGUGCGACCUGCGCGCUGGUGACUUUCAGUGCAUCAGUCUGUCCGAGAACAGACGGAGGAAAAACUCAGCCACAAACACACCGGAGAACCGUGAGGGACUGUUUGACACGCUGAGGAUGAAAAUAAAACCCGUCCUGACAGGGAAUAAGCGAAGUGCAGCUGCUCUUUAUCUCCUCUCGCGUUGUUUCAUCAAUUAAAUCCUAAAAUCACCGGACGGGACCGGGAUCGGGGGAAAGAUUGGUUUUUAAAAGUCUAAAGCUUUAAAGAACAGAUGGGUGGGAGCUGAGAGGGACAAGGCGACAGAGAGCACAUCCAUGGGCAUCGUCUCGCUCCCCGGGCUGGAGAUGAUGGAUGAGAUGUGGGAAAACAGCAGCUUUGCCAGCCCCUCACCUGCAGUCCCCCUGUUUCUGCUCAUGUUCAACGACAGCGAUCUGAAUGAGACGCUGCUCAACUCCACCAAUACCACCGCCGCCCCGGAUGUCUCCUCUGGUCCCAGCGUGGCAGGGGUCCUCAUCCCACUCAUAUACAUAAUUGUUUGUAUCAUCGGCCUGGGUGGAAACACUUUAGUGAUUCACAUUGUGCUGCACUACUCGAAGAUAGAGUCAGUGACCAACAUCUAUAUACUCAACUUAGCCAUCGCUGACGAGCUCUUCAUGCUCGGUCUGCCUUUCCUGGCGGUUCAGAAUACCCUCCAGUCGUGGCCGUUUGGGUCCUUCAUGUGCCGUCUGGUCAUGACUGUCGACUCCCUCAACCAGUUCACCAGCAUCUUCUGCCUGACUGUGAUGAGCAUCGAUCGCUACCUCGCUGUAGUCCACCCCAUUCGGUCUUCAAAGUGGCGGCGCCCUCAGGUGGCCAAAAUAGUGAACGGGACUGUCUGGGCUCUGUCGUUUCUCGUUGUUCUACCUGUGGUCAUCUUUGCUAAUAUCCAGAAAGCGGGAGGUACCUGUAACAUUGCCUGGCCACAGCCGGCCAACAUCUGGGAGGCGGCUUUCAUCAUUUACACCUCCACAGUUGGAUUCUUCUGCCCUCUUCUUAUCAUCUGCCUCUGCUACCUGCUCAUCGUCUUCAAGAUCCGCAGCUCAGGAAAAAAAGUCCACGCCACCUCAACCAAGCGAAGGAAGUCGGAGAGAAAAGUGACGCGCAUGGUUGUGAUCGUUGUUGCCGUGUUCGUGUUCUGCUGGCUGCCAUUCUACGCCCUCAACAUAAUCAACCUGCUGGUGUCCCUACCCCCAGAGUACCAGGGUCUUUACUAUUUUGUCGUGGUGCUCGGCUAUGCUAACAGCUGCGCCAACCCCAUCGUCUACGGCUUCUUGUCAGACAACUUCAAGAGGGGUUUUCGGAAAGCCCUCUGCCGCUCCACGAGAAAGGUGGAGAACCACGAGCCGAUGGAGCGCCAGCAGCAGCAGGAGGAGGGGAGGACGGCGCUCAUGCCCAGGGAGAGCCUGAGGCGGGCAAUUAAGGACGAAGACGACGACGAGGAAGACGUCUCAGAAAUGACUGAGAUCUACAGAAUCGCCCAAAAUGGCAACUUCCAGCCGCAGAGCUCACAGCCGCUGUUCUCAGAAAGAGGAGCGACUCCAGGAGCAACAGAGCCGUCAUCCCCAGACAAGAGGGACAAAGCUGGGGACACGAAAGGGAAAGAUCCAGUCAACGGGUCCACACUGACUGUCCCAUUGCUUCUCAAUGGAGCCAAAAACGGGAGCAUUAAAACUCUGCCAGAGGAAAACUUGGAACAGAGCACCUCAUUGGAGAUAAGUUACUUAUAGUGUAAAAUAAGGACUUGAAUUGAACUCAGUAUUACAACACAGGGCAGCCUGCCUCUAAUCCACAACAUUGAGCUGUGUGUAAAGGAGCAAAAAUCCACAGAAACUAUUUGAAUUGCUAUUUUUGAUCAACGGACUGAAAGUUUCUUUAGCAUUUGAAGGAGUUGGUUAAGUACAUACAGAAUGUAUUAUUGUUUAUAUUGUGUAUAUAUGCAUGGAUGAAUGUAUAAAGUUGUGCCUUUUAUUUACUUUUAUCACUUGUAUCCUGUUGAUCGUUGUACUUGGAACCUUUUUAUUCCAUAAUGUGACAGUCGUUUGCUUGAAUUUAAGUGUAUUUAAGCUUUAAGCAACCAUCUACACAUUAGUUGAACAUUGAUGACAUGGCUAUAACUUUAGUUUAGAUAGGAAUCCCAUGUCUGCAACCCCAUCUCCUAUUAAUUAUGUGUAUAUACUACUUGCCAGUUACUGUAUGUUUUAAGGGAAAUGCAGUUCAGAUUAAGUUCAAAUCCUGAAAUCCAACAAAAGCAAUUUGGCAGUGAAACAUCGUAGUUUCGGUUAAAUGUUAAUAAACAUGAAAUGGCUCAAGCUUCAAGUUGCUUAUAACGUUUUUCUAUUAAACCAAGAUUAUGAUCUUUUCCUAACCAUGACAAAUUGCUGCCAGUACCUAAACAUAACUGUUAAAAAGUUAAGAUUUACCAAACCAAACACUUUUGAUUUUAUUUAUCUGUAUAUUAUAAUAUAUAUAACAUGUCAAACACUGUUACAAAUACAUUCAUUGACAAUGUUGAGGACAACACAAAAAACUCACAGAUGACUAAUGUACUCCAACCAGAGGCUACAUUAAAAUAGCAUACAUCUUUUCCUGUAAAACUACAAAACAAAGACAAACUUAACAAAUUGCUUGUUUCAGUCUGAUGAAAGCUGCCUGUUAACGAAGAGAUGUGCUUUCAUGAGAUUUCCAUGCCAUGAUGAUGAUGAUGAUAAUGAACUUGUCUUAGUUUUAUUUCCUCAUUUAAACAUUUAUUGUGACUUCAAGUCAAAUUAGUGCUUUUUUCCCAUCAGUAUCGUUUGCAACAAAUCUGCUGGUACGAGUAGUUCUUGCAUGAUGCGAAAUGUUUAAUCCUUAUGUUCAUAAAAAGUGGAAUUCAGGCAUUUCCUUCAAAACUUAUUUGCUAAUUUUCUGUUGCAAAAAAGAAGUCUAAAAACACAAUUUCUAAGAGACCGGGUUGUAUUCUUUUCAAAUGUUUUCACUGAAUAUAUACAAGCAUUUUAUAUGAAUAUAAGCUUUUAUGUGUAUGAUUCAGGCCCUGGCCUUUGGCAUUGAGCUGUAGCUGAAAUUGUGGCUGUGGUGAAGGAUUUACUUUGUCUCUUACGCUAUAGCUGGAAAAAUUUACUAUUUACUGAAAGCAUAAUGUUGUUAGUGAUAACUUUGCACUUUGGACAGAAGCUCAGAAUUCAUAACAGCAUCUUGUUGCACAUUUGAUGAGGUUAGACAAUAAACUUGCUUGUGCUGCCUGCUGCUUGCAGAUCAAGAUGUAUUGAAAGAAAAACACAUUGAAUGAAAACGCUGCUUAAAUGAUUUCUGUUGAUUAUAUACAAAAAAAACACCACAAUCUCUUGUGUAGUAGAAUUGUUGUGCCAGUGUACUAUAUGGUACAACACAGAUUAUUGUGUUAGGUUAAAUUCUUUGUUACAUCCUGUACAACUAUGUCAGAAAUUAAAGUUAAUAAUUCACCAUUUUGUUAUCAGAAAAUACUUAACAUGGGUGACAUACUAUUUCAGGAAUGUCAGUUAUCAUGUAAAACAAACUUGACAUUGUUCAUAUCACACUGGCUUGGUGUGUUUAUACAGAUUGAAACCUUACUGAUAUGGCAUCACAGGGGCUACAGUGCAUUCUUUGCCUUAAUCAGACAUACUCAAGAACUGAAAUGGAGUACCGGCACUUCUGAUUUUUCUCUAGAUGAGUACCCUUACUACUUAUUGCAUAAUGCCACCUCCUGAUCAGUCAAGGCACGUACCCCUAAACACUCGCGUAACGCUUGACUCUUUUUUCCCGACUGGAAUUCUGCUAAGACCCACCCCACCGUGCCUCUGAUUUGCUAGUGUUCGUUGCCUUUGUUGGCUUGGUUAGUAAGCAUUCGGCAUUGAAAAGAGAGAUGGUUAGAAUUAGAAAAAAUUGCCGGAGCCAGGGUCUUGUAAAUCCAGCUUGACGCUGAGAAAACAAAUUAGGGUUAGUUGUUAUCGUUAGGGGCAGGGUUGUGCUGAUUUGUUGUUCAAUUCAGACACUGCUCUACAACGUCUAUACAGUGUACACUGUAUAGACGUUGUAGAGCAGACUUGAGACUACAGCAGCCCUAUAUGGUUAACAACACACUGUCAAAUCAACCCAACUCAUCUGACACCUGAUUAAUAUACAAUGAAUAUGCAGUAGCUCAAAUAAUGCUCAAACACUUAAAGGGGAACUGUCUUAAAUCACAAUGCCAUGAUGAUGAUGAUGAUGAUAUGGAACAUGAACUUACUGUAGCUGAAAUUGUGGUGAAGGAUUUACUUUGUCUCUUAAGCUAUAGUAGAAAAUAGAAAUAUGCACUAUUUCCUGAAAGCAUAAUGUUUGUUUGUGAUAACUCUGGACAGAAGCUCUGAAUUCAUAACGACCUCUUGUUGACUCUACUGAUUUUACAUCAAACUGUGUUUCCAGGUGUCGGGGAGUACUUCUACAUAUGUUAGCAUUCAGCUGUGUGAAAUCUGAUAAAUAGUCUCAAGUGAUGUCACUUGAGUCAGCAUCGGUUGGGGCUG